UCGUACGCUGAAAAGUAAGAUGUGGAUGCAGUUUAGCCUGCAGGGCAAUCACCGGUGGCUGGAUAUCUUAUCGGACCUGGUAUCCUCUUACAAUAACAGUAAGCAUCGUACCAUUGGUAUGAAACCGACGGAUGUGACUGCUCGUAACGAGAAGGAUCUACUACAACGGGUGUACAAGAAAUUCAAAGUCAAGACCACACUUAAACGACCAAAGUUUAAAGUCGGCGACAGAGUACGAAUCAGCAAAUUUAAACACAUCUUCGAGAAGGGCUACACACCCAAUUGGACAACCGAAAUUUUCACCGUAAGUCGAGUGAAGAAUACCGAUCCGGUGACGUACAAUCUCAAGGACUACCAGGAUCAUCCCAUCGAAGGCGGCUUCUACGAGCAUGAACUUACCAGCGUCAAGUAUCCCGACAUAUAUCUUGUGGAGAAGAUACUGAGGAAACGUGGAAACAAGCUAUUUGUGAAAUGGUUAGGGUUCGAUGGUUCGCACAAUAGUUGGAUCGAUAAGUCGGAUUUGUAGGCUUCACCGAGAUGGGACAAGUACAUCUACUGCUACUACUGACACUAAUGCUGCUGCUGCUGCUGCUGCUAUUACUACAGUGGUUCACAUUACUGUAAAACCAAAAAGACUUGU